AUGGGGAAGGCAGGAGGAGAUGAGACGUACUUCCAGAGGAGCAGUCUGUUCUGGGUCACCGUCAUCACCCUCUCCUUUGGCUAUUACACGUGGGUGAUCUUCUGGCCUGAGGCUAUUCCUUAUCAGAGCCUAGGGCCGCUGGGCCCCUUCACUCAGUACUUGCUGGAGCAUCAUCACACCCUCGUGCACAGCUGGUAUUGGCUUGCCUGGCUGAUUCACGUGGGAGAGUCCUUGUAUGCCAUUGUAUUGUGCAAGUCUAAAGGCAUCACGAAUAGUUGGACUCAACUCCUCUGGUUCCUGCAGACGUUCCUUUUUGGGAUGGCAUCUCUCUAUUACUUGAUUGAUUACAGACCGAGACGCCAUAAACAAACUUAA